AUGUCAUUGUAAAAACGGAGGAAACUCCUCUGCAAUCAUUGUGCAACACGGAGCAGCUUUACCAAUAUUACAAGCUGGGCUGUCAAUACAACCCGAAUGCGUUGAUUGUUGCAGGCAGUACCGAAUGCACACGAAAUAGUAUUGUUAUCGGGGUCCAUCCCCCAAUUUAUGAGUAUGAGUACAGAAGAUUAUGACUACUUGUUCAAAAUUGUGCUGAUUGGAAAUGCAGGAGUUGGGAAGACUUGCCUUGUCCGGCGGUUCACACAGGGCCUUUUCCCUCCUGGGCAAGGGGCCACCAUCGGGGUGGACUUCAUGAUCAAAACUGUGGAAAUAAAAGGGGAAAAGGUCAAGCUUCAGAUCUGGGACACAGCGGGGCAGGAGAGGUUCCGGUCCAUUACGCAAAGCUACUACCGCAGUGCCAACGCUCUCAUUCUCACUUACGACAUCACCUGUGAGGAUUCCUUCCGCUGCCUUCCAGAAUGGUUGAGGGAGAUCGAACAAUAUGCGAACAACCAAGUUGUCACCAUCCUAGUCGGAAACAAGAUCGACCUGGCUGAGAAGCGGGAGGUCGGAAGACAGAGAGCGGAGGAGUUCGCCGAGGCCCAGAGCAUGCUGUACUUGGAGACGUCCGCAAAAGAGUCGGACAACGUGGAGAAGCUCUUCCUGGACUUGGCUUGCGAGCUCAUUCGCGAGGCCAAGCAGAACACACUGGACAACAGUGAGAACUCGCCCAUGCCUGGCGAAGGGAAAAGCAUCAGCUAUCUAAGCUGCUGCAGCCUCAACUGAAGGGUGUGUGUGUGUG